AUAUAUUCUCAAGGCAUAGAAGCCCCCCAACUGUGGGACUUUGCAAGUGUUGGCUUGAAAAAUGGCCAAUCUAUGGCUUUACCUGGUCUAUGCAUUGGGAUUGUUCUUGUUAGCCACCAAUAUAGUAGCAGCCAUUGACGAGCCUUAUUUUGUCCACUCUCCUCCUCCUAACCAAAUAAGACGACCACCAAUAACAGUCCCAUACCCACUACCACCGUUCGACAAUCAUAGGCAACCACCGCCAAUGCCAAACCACCAAAACUCCCUUCCUCCACCACAGUUGGAUAGCCAAAAGUCUCCUCCUCCUCCUUAUGUUUCUAAAUCUCCUCCGCCACUAUCAUCACCACCUCCCCCUCUUUCACCUCCAACUCCAACUCCAUCCUCAUCUCCAUCAUCAUCCUUAUCACCUAGCAGUGAACCACCAUUACAACCUUCUCCAUCUCCAUUCUCAUCCAUACCUCCAUCUCCAGCUCUAUCCUCUUCUCUAUCCCCAUCUACAUCAUUGUUGUCACCAUUGUCUCCAUCUCUAUCUCCGUCUAUAUCCCCAUCACCUGUCAAUGAGCCACUGCCACCACCUUCUCCAACUCUUUCCCCUUCACCAUCCUCAUCCUCAUUACCUGGCAACAAACUACUACUACCACCUUCUCCAUCUCCAUCUUCAUUCCCAUCCACACCUCUAUCUCCAACUCCAUCUUCUUCCUUAUCUCCAUCUACAUUCCCACUACCACCACCAUCUCUAUCUCCAUCUAUAUCCCCAUCACCUGUCAAUGAGCCAUUACCACCACCUUCUCCAUCUCCAUCUUCAUCCCCAUCACCUGGCAAUGAAGCACCUCUAGCACCUUCUCCUUCUCCAUUUCCAUUAUCGUCAACACCUAUAUCUCCAAGUCCAUCUUCUUCUCUAUCCCCAUCGCUACCACCAUGGUCUCCAUCUUUAUCCCCAUCACCUGUCUAUGAGCCAUUGCCACCACCUUCUCCAUCUUUGUCUCUAUCUCCUUUCACAUCCCCAUCCCCAUCCACACCUCCAUCUUCUUCUUCUUCAUAUCCACCCCCAUCCACAUCUUCACUAUUACCACCUUCUUCAUCCCCAUCCUUACCUCCCUUUCCAUCCUCAUCCCCAUCUUCAUCUCCAUCAUCAUCAAAACCUCCAUAUCUAUCUCCAUCCCCAUUCACACCACUUGUCAAUGAACGAAUACCAACCCCUUCUCCAUCUUUAUCCUCUUCUCCAUCUCCAUCCCCAUCUGCAACUCCAUCUCUACCUCCAUCCCCAUCUCCAUCCCAAGUUUUAUCCCCAUCCCCAUCACAUGUAAAUGAAUCACAAUCACAACCUUUGCCAUCUCCAUCUCCAUCCUCCUCACCAUCUUCAUCCCCAUCCUCACCCAUAACUCCACUGCCACCACCCUUGUCAUCUCAAUCUCCAUCCCCAUCCACCUCUCCUUCUUUAUCUCCGUCCCCAUCUCCAUCCAUAUCCACAUUCCCAUCCUUACCUUCUUCUCCAUCCCCAUCACCAUUAGAACCUCCACCUCCAUAUGUUCACCAAUCACCAUCACCACCCCCACGAUCUUCACCACCACCACCUCCUUUAUCUCCUCCCCCACCCAGUUACAAGUUUCCACCACUACCUCCACCAUCCCCUACUCCACCUAAUUACAAAUCUCCACCACCACCUCCUCCACCCCGUUACAAAACUCCACCACCACCUCCUCCAUCUCCUCCUCCACCCCAUUACAAAUCUCUGCCACCACCAACUCCUCCAUCUCCUCCCCCAUCUCCUCCCCCAGCCCAUUACAAAUCUCUGCCACCACCACCUCAUCCAUCUCCUCCCCCACCCCGUAACAAAUCUCCACCACCACCUCUGACAUCUCCUCCCCCACCCCAUAACAAGUCUCCACCACCACCUCCUCCCCCACCUCGUAACAAAUCUCCUCAACCACCUCAUCCAUCUCCUCCUCCACCUCACUACAAAUCCCCCCCACCACCUUCUCCAUCUCCGCCUCCACCCCGCUACAAAUCUCCACCUCCACCAUCAAGCUCAUCUCCUCGUACUUAAGACUACCAGUACCUAAGACCUCACAUCAUUUACUAAACAAAUCACAAUUUCUAUGAGAUUAUGUACCUUAUAAACUGAUAAAA